AUGUUUUCCAUGUCAGUCUUGAGUCUCGUUGCUGGGCUGGGCCUAGUAUUCUCAGCCAAUGCUGUUCAAUGCUCGGUACGAGCUAGUGACUUUGAUUUUAUAGUUGUUGGCGGCGGCACAGCUGGUAUCGCAUUAGCCGCUCGCCUGAGUAAAGGCCUUCCAGAACAUUGCAUAUUGGUCAUUGAAGCCGGUCCUGAUGGACGUAAAGAAGAACGAAUAUAUGUCCCAGGGCUGAGAGGCACUACCUUUGGCUCCGCAUACGACUGGAGUCUUCCAACUGUACCUCAGACUGCAGCAAAUAACCGGACCAUUGGACAUAACCGGGGGAAAGUUCUCGGUGGCAGUUCUGCCCUCAAUCUUCUUGUCUGGAACCGCGCUACUGUCAAAGAGUAUGAUGCUUGGGAGAAGCUGGGAAACCCAGGCUGGGGGUGGAGUAGCAUGUAUCCUGCGAUGCUCAGGACAGAAAAUUUCCAGCGCCAAAACGGGUCGCCGCAAUAUGGCAAUGACGGCGUAGGAUAUGGCGGCCCAAUCCAGGUCGCUUUGACUGAGGAUCCACCGCCUCAUCUCCAGGCUUGCAUACCGACCUUGGCCAAUCUUGGGAUCAAGGAGAAUCUGGCAUCGUUGAACGGGAACAACUUGGGUACCAUGUAUCAACCAGCAACAUACCGUGUGUCUAGUCAUACACGGUCUUACUCGGUGGACUAUCUCCCUUUAGCUGGCAACAACCUGGUAUUCAUGUUCAACACAACUGUCCACAAAGUACAGCUUACAAAAAGUAGCUCCACAGCAAUGGGAGUCGUCCUCUUAGACGGUACCUUGAUCAAAGCAGCCAAAGAAGUCAUUCUUUCAGCUGGUAGCUUGCUGUCUCCCAAAAUACUAGAACUUUCCGGUAUUGGCCAGAAAACUAUACUAGACAAGGCCGGCGUAAAACAGCUCGUCAACCUCCCUGGUGUGGGCGAGAACCUCCAGGACCAUCUCCGUAUCCAAACUACAUACGAACUAAAGCCUGAAGUUCCUGGCGUGGACAUUUUAAAAUACAACGCAACCCGAGCAGGCAUAGAAUUGAAUCUAUGGAGACAAAACAAGACUUCACUCUACCAAUACGCCGGCAGCUGCUACGGCUUUCUAAAAUGGAACCAAGCACUCGGCAGUGACGAAAAGCUGCUCCAACUCGCCAAAUCAUCAGCCAACGCAUCUAACCCCAUCGACCAAAAGAAACUCGCCCUCCUAACCGACCCCGAUUCCGGAACCCCCGAUCUCGAAGUCAUCUUUGGAGACGGCUACAUAGGCACGACCGGGUACCCGAAGAAUGGAACAGCCGGUUACGGCAAGCAAUACGCUACACUUCUCGCAGGGGUCCAGCAUCCACUCGCCAGAGGAUCCGUACACAUUAACGGCUCGGAUCCUGCGAACAAGCCGCUUAUUGACCCGAGGUAUCUUGGAACAAAGUAUGAUAUCAAAGCGCUUGUAUCUGCAGCAAAGUACACGCGUAAAAUGGCGAAUACGGCACCGUUUAAGGAUCUCUGGGUUUCUGAAUUUGAUCCAGGUCUGAGCACCCAGACGGAUGAGGAGUGGGAGACGUAUAUCCGAAAUAACGUCUUCACCUUCUAUCAUCCGCUGGGUACUUGUGCUAUGUUACCGAAGAAGGAUGGCGGUGUGGUGGAUCCACAGCUUAGAGUGUAUGGGGUCAGGAAUUUGAGAGUUGUGGAUGCGAGUGUUAUCCCCAUGAUUGUUUCGGCGCAUAUUCAGACUGCAGUGUAUGGAAUUGCGGAGAGGGCAGCUGAGAUUGUGGUUGAGAAGUAUCGAUGA